AUGUCCUCCAUCUCUGCCAACAGACGGCAAAAUCAUUCCCGCCGGUCAAAGUAUACUAGUGUUGCUUGCUUUGAAUGUCAACGGCGAAAGUCCAAGGAGAAACGACACCGUAGAACAGACAGAGAACCUUCUACAGUAGUUGGAGAAACGACACAAAACACAGCACCAUCCGGCACCUCAUCAUCAUCAUCAUCAUCAUCAGCCCCAUCAGCGAUACCUCAUCAUCCGAACCACAAAGUCAAAGACCACGAGUUUAAACCUAUGGAAACAGAAUUUACAACGUUUGAUUAUUCGAAUGAGCCCUCAACAACACCUCUGGCUUUCAAUUCGCAAUCUGCUACUCUGUCGGGAGAUCGGCUUCAACAACUUGAACUUGCAUUAAAACUCAUCUCCAACAUUAGUCCUCAUGCAUUAGGGGGCUCAUCUAGUUCAUGGAAUCUGAACCCUGGACUGAGUGCACCAAUUGAUGCAUCAACUAUUGUACCUAAUCCCUUUAUCCUCGAAGUUGCAGAACGCAUGCCUGACAACGUAUCUCUACCAUCUCUCCUCGCCGAAACUCGACGUCUACUCGGAGCAGAUCCUAGUACUGAUCAAAUGUAUUUAUCACGACCCGGCCGUCAACUAUCGCCUACAAUGGUCCAGCUACCGCGGAUGAGUGAUAUGCGCUGCCUAAUUGAUGUUUGCAGCCAACGACUCUCAAUGUACCUACCGAAAAUCGAAUAUGACGAGAGUAAAGCUAUUUUACCUGUUGCAACUAACAGCAAUGGAAUGAGGAACGUUUUGACAGAAUCGAAAGAUUUCUUGUUGUUUUCGCAGCUCUACCUCACCAUGACUAUUGGACAGUGUUUGCUAAGUCAAUCAUCUGGCCAAGACGUAUCGCAAGCCCGAUCGUUUUAUCAUCAGGGCCUAUCUCUCGUGAACCAGGUCCCCCCAAUCCCAGUUCACUGGCUUGGUCUAGCCAAAGUUCACUGUCUCCGCGCCGUCUACCUACUGCAGGCGGAUGAGUUACAGGCAGCGGUCCAGGCCAUCUCAUCUUCGAUCCAAUUCGCCUGGCAGUGCAAGCUCAACGAUCAAAACGCCUGGACCUCGUGCAAUCCCGAGGAACGUCGAUCGCGGAAGAGUCUGUGGUGGGCUAUCUAUCAUUUGGAACGACAGAUUUCUCAAAAAGUCGGUCAACCUUAUAGCAUCAAUGAUAAAGAUGUAGCCGUCCAUGAUCCUUUAUCCAGGGAACAGUUAGCACUCUGCCAGGACGUGGAAGUGUUGCCUGUUGGGAUUAGCCAGGAUGAGUUGUACCUCCAAAUGAGUGUGGAUAUCAGCCGGCUGCGGGGAAACAUCUGGGAUAAGUUCUUCCGUGCGGGGUGCAAGGCGUCAAAUAACGAUGAAGAAGUCGAGUUAAUGGGACUUCGAAUAUCAGACUUGCAUCGUAGCGUUCCUCAGGUCUUCCAAUGGUGUAACAGUGUCUUGGGUAACCAGGACAAGAAUUCUGAACCUGACUUGCAAAUCUCUCGAAGAAUGAUAAUUCAUACGCGAUAUACCGUUCUUCAACUGUUGGUGAGACAGAGCCCAAUGCGUACAGAACAAGUCAGUCUAGAACAGGCAAGGUUUUGCCAUGUUUUAGUCAGUGAAUUAGUGGAAAUUAUCACAGCAUUCAUUACCAACUACACACUGCCUCGGAUCAAAUCUUUGGCAUACUUUAUGUCAUCAACCCUGGUUGCGUGCUUUUACCACUUGGCAAGGAUAUUGCGGAAUCCACUCUGCGGCGCCGAGCGUCCGGCUACGACGAGAACGUUUUGGAAAGCGAUAGAAACCCUCAAGUUGCUCGCUACAACAGUGGAAACUGCCCAACGGGCUCUAUCGGUACUCCAAAAUCACACGUUAGCAGUUAUAGAUGACCAAUUUGUCAACAAUGUCGAGACAGCCAACUUUGCAAGACCCCAUGGAUAUGAGAACGACGCCAUACCCAUGACUGAGCAAUGGCCCAGCUUGUCACCGAGCAGCACCGGCUUGGCACAGUAUCUCGCAGGGUAUUAUCCUAAUACAGGGGCAAUGGAUGUUACUUCGCCAGUGGUUGAAACAACGUUAAACCCUGCCAAUUUUGGACAAGUAUCAACAAGCAGCUUGGCGAAUGGUACCGUUGAUACGGGGAAACCUCCAUGUCCCUAUUUUUACUUGCCAUACAUUGGCUAA